GAAUAUCCCAUACAUCAACCCUCGCUCCAGUCAUUCAUUCGGCAUUCCUAUCAGGACACUCUUUAAGGGGGAAUCCUCUCUUUACUCUUUUUCUUCUUCUUUCUUUUUAUGAGCAGCUCGCUUCUUGUCCUGUCGAGAUGAGCUCUUCAACAACCACAAAAACGACACCACCAAACCAGCUCUUCCUGGGCACAUUUAUUCAUCCCACCUCACAACAGGAUGAGCUCGAGUACCUGCACAACACGGCUGUGUUUGUCGAGGGCGCGUCUGGCAAGAUAGUGGCCGUGGAGAAAGACGUCGACCGUACGCGGACGGUGGACGAGGUUCUGGUCCGACUUGGAUGGAGCGCCGCGGAGACCAAGAUCUUCGACGCAGCGGCAGCAGCAAGCCAUCAUCAUCAUGAUGGCAAGGAGAAAAGACACAACGGCGGCGGCGUCAGGUUCUUCUUCCCUGGCUUUGUCGACACGCACAUCCACGCCUCGCAGUACCCCAACGCCGGCAUCUUUGGAAAGUCCACCCUGCUGGACUGGCUGAACACGUACACGUUCCCCCUCGAGGCAUCGCUCGGCCAGGACCUGGCCAAGGCGAAGAAGGUGUAUGGGCGGUGCGUGCGGCGCACCCUGGCGCACGGGACGACGUGUGCGGCUUAUUUUGCCACGAGGGACGUCGCGGCCACAAACCUGCUGACGGACGUGUGUCUCGCCGCGGGCCAGAGGGCGCUGGUGGGCCGCGUGUGUAUGGACGAGCGCAAGCUGUGUCCGGAGUGGUACUGCGACGAGAGCGCAGGGGAGAGCGUGCAGAGGACCAGAGAGGUUGUCGAGCACGCCAGGGCGGUCGACCCGGCAGGGGAAUGGGUGCGGCCGAUCGUCACGCCUCGGUUCGCGCCCAGCUGUACCGCAGCGGCGAUGCAGGGGCUCUCCGACCUGGCAAAGGAAGAAGCGCUGGCGGUGCAGACGCACAUCAGCGAGAACACGGGCGAGUGCGAGCUGGUGGCGGAGCUGUUCCCGCAGGAGACGGCGGGCGGGAGAGGGUAUGCGGGUGUGUACGACGCCUUUGGGCUGCUGGGCGACAAGACGAUCCUUGCGCACGCGGUGCACCUGUCGGAGCAGGAGGCGAAGCUCGUGGCGGAGAGGGGGGCCGGCGUGAGCCACUGUCCCUGCAGUAACACGGCCAUCACGUCCGGGGCGGCGAAGGUGCGGUGGCUGCUGGACCACGGCGUCAAUGUUGGCCUUGGCACGGAUGUCUCGGGAGGAUACUCCCCGAGCGUUUUGGAGGCGGCGAGGCAGGCUAGUCUUGUGAGCCGGCAUGUUGCCAUGGGCUUAGAGGGCGAGGAGAAGGAGCGGACCAAGCUGACUGUCGAGGAGGUCUUGUGGCUCGCCACCCGCGGGGGCGCAAGGCUGGUCGGCCUCGAGGGGAUUGUCGGCGGGUUCGAGGUCGGUAUGGAGUGGGAUGCGCAGCUGGUCGGGCUGGGAGGUGUGGAAGGAGAAGAUGAUGAGGAUCAUGAUGCUGGGAAUGUUGACAUAUUUGGAUGGGAGAGCUGGGAUAAUAUCGUGGCCAAGUGGUUGUUUGGUGGCGAUGACCGAAACACUACCAAGGUUUGGGUCAAGGGAAGGCUUGUUCAUGAGAGGGCUUAGAAGAGGCAUGAAAAGAAGGGAUUGCUUGCCAUAAAAGGAUAUGGAGGGUGGCUUGCCUUCCUGAGGAAUGACAUCGGAGUAGAAUCAGUCGGAAAAAGAAAUAAAAAGAAAGCAUACUUGAUAGAAACGACUUGAUGUGGAGGGGGUCAGCAUACACAAGAUCGGCACCAUAUAAAGAAAUAGUAGAAAGAGAAAAGAAUUGCUUACAACC